GGAUGUCAGUGUCGUUCAUUUGACAGCUGUCGGCUGAAGAACCAAAAAAAUCUGGAAGAAAAUCAGCUGGUCUGGUCGCAAAAUAAAUAAUUGAAGUAAGGAUAUGUUUCCAAAAAGGAUAAGUUACUGAAGUAACAUAUAUCAAAAUGACGAUCAAACCACGUGAGCGAUUGUCAUUGGACAAUGAUGAUGACCCUGUGGAGGCGAAAUUAAAAAAAGCUGGAUGUUUGGAGCUCCAUUAUAAAGUGCAGGAAUGUAUAGCCACAACUAAGGACUGGAGGAAAUGUCAAAAUGAAGUGAACGAGUUUCGUGACUGCAUCAACAGGCACAAGCAAGAAAUGGUUGCCGUAAAAAGCUAAUAAAAACAUUCAAUUUA